UAGUUAAAUUACAAAUGAACAUCAAAUAAUUUAGAAAAUGCUUUUAAUUGAUGCUCGYGUCAACAGUGUAAAGGGCUCAGUGCUUUCUGUAGAGUUUCUCCGCCGUGAAGUUCGUUUUCAAGCAAUGGCAGAGAUAGAGACAAUGAAGGUUGAGAGAAAAACAGAAAAAUCAGUGCAUUCAAGAAUGGAACUAAAGCUUAAAUGACACGAAGUGUGAAACACUUGGCAAGGAUAUCUGUAAAAAUCCAAACAUGGAGCUUAAGACAGCGAUGCCAAGCAGAGAGCCGACRRCACGUAAAAACGAUAUUCAGGCACUAAGCAAUCAUAAUGGAUUUCAUGAAGAAAUAAACGGCGAUCCAUUUAGACUCGAACAAGAGAUACUCGAUUUGCAAAGCGAGUUGAACGGAAACGAUUUAACCAUAAAUGAGCAAAGAMACGAGUUAGCGACCUUACGAGAAUCUGUUAACCAAUUAAACCGCAAUCACGCAUGCGCACWCAAAACCAUAGAUGAAAAGGACGCGGUAAUUAGUAAGCUGCAUAAAGAAAUCAACAACCUGCAGGAUGCACUUCAGAGGUCCAUUCAGGAGAAACGUACGGCUUUAAGUCAGCUCAAGUCGGUAGAAGCAGAGCUUUCCGACAUGAGCUCCGACAAGGAAAGGAUUGAGCAUCAGUUGCAARUAUUUSAAAGUUCAGUACAGGAGUAUCGCUCUUCUAGCAGCAUCUCAUCGGGCUCCGAGCGAUCUCGAGAAGAGCUURAUUUAAAAAGGGAAGUUGUCAGGAAAGAGCGGGAAAGUCUCCAGGAGCUUAUUCAGACUGCCUCGUAUUAUGAAGARAUCAUUCAMAAUCUUGACUCAAAUCGCGUUGCAUCAGACUACAGAGGUUUUAGAGAUGGACGAGACGCGGUGCAACAAAGAGCCGGAGAUCCCACMAUUCAAGAGCUGGGACAAAAAAUGACGGAAGUUGAAGAACGCCUUCGCAAAGCUGUCUUAUCRCAAAAAUUUCAGCUUCAAAAUGAGAAAGAUCAUCUCAUUSAAGAGUUUAAAACCCUGCAAAGACAUCUYAUAGAACACCAGCGGCACCAUGAAGUUCAUAAGACAGACAUGGCCACUAAGGACACUUUGAUCCAAAACCURAAAACCACAAAGGCGUCACUUGARAGCGAGGUUCAUUCUAUCAAACAKGAAUUAAUUUAUCUUAGGGACCAAAAUGAGCGUUUUAAGCAAGAGAAAAGCGGUGUUGAUUACGAGUUGCAGUCCUCAAGAAAUCAGAUCUCAAGACUASAAGCUGACUUAGAAAAUGAAAAGAGACAACGCGAGUUAAUGAGAUCCAAAAUUGAGCAUUUUGGAUCUGUGAGUGCAAUGGAGAAGGAAGAGUUGUCCCAACUCAAAGCUUCCCUUCGAGAUCAAUCUUUUAAAUCGGACGCUUACGAAAGAGAAAUAAAUGCUAAGCAGAUCCUGAUUGCUCAACUAAGAGAAAGAAUAGCUUACAACGAGCAAGAAGCCGAAAAYAYGAAAACUAAGCUAAUGGAAGUGAGUUGCACAACGAACGAGUUUGAAAAGAGCAAAGUUGACAUGUCACGCAAACUUGCAAGUGCCGAGAAAAAGAUGAAUGAAAUGACAUCAUCAUUAGAGCARUGCAAUCAAACAAAGAACGCUAUAGAGCGAGAGCUAAGGUCUUAUCAACAAUCUCUACCAAGAUUAAAGGCUAGCGAGGACGCUUGUCGCCAUAAAAUCAUCGAGCUUGAAAGCGAAGUUGCAGCUGCGAAUGAUAAAUAUGUCAAACUUGAGAAAGCUUACGAAAGUUGCGAAAGAGAAAAGCUGCAGCUACAAAACGAAGUUCUUCCMGCAAACGUAAAGAAUUCGCACCUAAAGAGUGCGUUUGACAGCAGUCAACAGCARCAGACACACAUGCAGCAAGAGUUAUUAUUAUGUCACAAAAAAGUAGCAGAACACGAAGCAAAAUUCGAUCGAAUGAAACAAGACAAGAACGACAUGCAGCGUGAGCUYAACAGUGUCAGAAAACAGCUUGCCAACACUGAGCAACAACUUCAGCGAGCAGACAUUGAGAAGAAAGAAAUGGCAGCACGGCUUGAAGAACUUGGUAAUAAAUUGUUCAAGGCUUCGGGUGACGGUAGGAGGGCARAAGCUCAUUUACAUGACUAUCAACAUCAAUGUCACUCUCUUCAUUCUGAAGUACAGUGUAAAGAAAUCGCUGUAAAUGAACUUAGAAAUGAGAAACAUCGCCUGGAGCAGGAAAUCCAAAAGUUGAAGUACGACUUUGAAGCCAUCAAUAGUGAUCUAAAGAAUUGUCAAAAAGAAAAACAAAAAGUUGUAAGCGAACUAAACAAUAAUAAUCACCGCGGUUCCGAAAGUGAGCAGAUUAUAUCRCGCAUGCGCAGCGAACGAGAGAAAAUACAACAUGAGCUGGUMAUCAUGAAAGAGAAUAACGCUCAAUGGAAAGAAAUGUGUGAGAAAAUCCAGCAAGAUAAAGAAAACUUGCAGCAAGAUAUGUUAGAAUUACAGCGAAAAUUGGCUUCUUUGGAGGGCAGCCAAAAUAGUUCAAUACUGCAGAAUAUAUCACCAACAAGCGAGGUUGUUUAUCUAAAGUCAAGAGUAAACCAGCUUGAGGUACAGGUAGAURAAGGAAACAAGAGCCAAGAUGACAUGCGCAAAAAAUUAAARGAAUUGCAAAGUGGUCAGAAAGGGWACAAACUCAUUGAACGUGARCUCGACGAAAGGAAUAGACAAAUUGCACAAUUGAAUAAAGAAAUUGCUGCAAAAAACAAUCAUAUCGAGAGCCUAAAAAAAGAAAGUAUUGCAUUGAAGACUGAGCUCGAUCAAGAAAAUUCAAGACACCAUCUAUCACCAAGAGAUCAGCACAAAGAUCGAGAGCUUGAAGUAGUUAGGGCUGAUGUGAAAGAGCUGAGACAAAAAGUAUUUGAUUAUGACAAUGACCGAAACGCUUUGCGGCAGAAGAACCUACAACUGCAAAAAGAGGUUAUAUCACUUGGAAUUAAAUUCUCAGAAUCUGAGAAAAGCUACAAUAAAAUAUUGGAACAAGAAAGAAAAUUACAAAGRGAAAUUGCAGCAAAUAAGGAAUACGUUUUAAAAYUGGAAAAUGARGUAAGACAGUUCAACGAGAACAAGGCACAAAUACAAAAUGCUUUUGUGUCAUCUGAAGAAGCAAAAGAGGAGCUAUCUAAGGAGAUUUCKGACGCUCGUCUCAAGUUGUUYCAGCUGGAGAGUCUGUAYCGGGCGACGAAAAACGAAAGUGAAACCACGAGACAAAACGACAGGCAGAAAAUAUUGAAGCUYGAAAGCCAAAUAGAAAAUCUUCAGAGACAGAAGUCCCAGCUUCAAACACARCUUGAUGAAACGCGAGAAAAUUUCAGACAAAAUCUUGAGGAAGUUAGCAAAUUAAGAGAACAMGUCAGUGAACACCAACGAGAUUCKGAGUUGCAGAAUAAAGACGUACGCUCUAGUGUAUCGGCUAUAGAGAAGCUACAAUCMGAGAAAAAAGAAAACCUAAGASAGAUCGAACUCUUAAGGGAUGAGUUGUUGACCACGUCCUCCGUUGUCGAAACAUAUAAGGAAGAGAAAGCAGAUGUAUUUCAGGAGUUAAAGUCUGCSCAAGAGAAGUUAAACGAGUGGGAGACUGCAUACAAGGUGCUUCAGCAAGAACAAGAGAAUAUGAUGAAAGAGUUACAAAGUGCUGGGGAGAGAUUCGAUUCAGUAGAAGGGGAUUACAAUCAAAAUCAAAAGAAAUAUGAUCAGGACGUGCACUCCAGUCAAAUGAAAAUUAUUAAGCUUGAGUCUCAAGUACAAAAUGUCUUGAAACAAAGAGAUUCUCUGAGAGAUCAACUGGAAGACGUUAAGUACGAACUUAAGCGAAAUAAAGACGAGUACUCUACGCUACAGAAAGAGUUUAUUGAGCAUCAGAAGCGUUGUGACCUUUACCGCAGGGAUCUGAUGUCRAAGACUCAUGAGCUUGAAGAGGUUGAUUCYGAGAAACAUUCGUUGGAGCGAAAGAUUGAAUUGUUGAAAAACAAACUAGAAGCACUGGAGAUGAAAGACAAUGCCUCACUUCAGCGUAAAGGCGAUCUGGAGAAUGACCUCAAUGAAGCUGAGAAGCGCUUAGCAGAAUAUGAUUACGAGUUCCAACAAAUYAAAAGAGAGAAAGAAGACAUGCAGAGACAGCUUCAAGAAGUCACUAGUAAGUUCAACACCAUUGAAGCUUCAUAUGGAAAAGCGCAAGAGCGAGUAAGAGACCUAGAAAACCAUUUGAAUCAAGCCAAAAAGACUAUUAGAAAACUAGAGGACGAAGUCUUCACCCUCAAAAACGACCUUACUGAGCACGAAGCAACAUACCAACAUGAUAGUGGAAAUUUGGGAGACUUAGAGUAUCAGCUAGAGGUAGCUCAACAGAGCGUCACGGAGUUAGAAUCGACUUACGAUAUCAGUGAACGUGAAAAGGAUGACUUAAAGCAGCAACUUCAACAUGCAGAAAGAAAAAUCGCUGACUUGAAGUAUUCUCUCAAAAAAAGCGARGAAGAAUAUGAUGAUCUCGAGCACGAACUCGAUUCUACAAAAAGCCGCGUUGUUAAAYURGAACAACAGCUUAGCAMCGCACAGAAACAGAARUUGCAAUACAAGGAGCAGCUUGAUGACUCACGGGCGAAGCUUGCAAAGACAAAGGAGGAGUUAGUCUCUGCGCAAAGGGAUCUAUCUGAACAUCAGCGCUUAUUGGACAGUGCUAAAAAGAGCACAGGAUCUAAAGAAAGCACAUUAUCUGAGCUUAAGAWYAAGUGCGCAGUCCUAGAGAGUGCUUUAAGUCAAACAGAUGAUGCACUCCACGAACAGCAAACGCACAAUGAACUGAUAGAAAUGGACAAACGKGAAUUGCAAGAGGAGCUUAUUCAGACACAGCACAAAAUUCAACAACUCGAGGCUGCUCUACGAGAGAGUCAAGAAGAAAAGAUUCAUCUUGAUGAAGAAGUUCAGUCAUUUUUUAAACGUAUAUGUGAGCUUCAAGCAAGCUAUCAGAUCUGUGAACAGGAGAAACUUGACACUCAAAGACAAGUGUCCUUGUUGGAACAAAGAGAGUCAAAACUAACGCUUCUUCUUGAACAGACGAAAAAAGAAAAAGAAAUGUUUGAGAUCAAAGCCCAGGAAAAUGAAACUUCAAACAGAAAAAUCGCCGAGGAGCUUCGCAUAUUCAAGGCAAGAGCAGAAGAAUAUGAAAGAUCCUGUUCUGAUGCUACUGGAACGUGUARAGUUCAAGAAACAGUUGUAGAGGAAUGCAAAACUAAAAUAGCAUCGCUGAGCUCGGAGAAUGAAUAUCUAUCUACACAACUCGAUGCUUUGAAACAAAGCCAUUGUGAUCUUGAAAAUGACAAAACGCGUCUUCAAGAAAAGCUAAGAAAUACAACUGAYGAAUUGAUCAAACUGAAACCCAUGAGCGACGCAGCCCAAAGAAAGAAAGAACAAUUGGAGGGUGACCUUCAGCUCAAUCGCAAGAAACUUGUAUCACUAGAAGCAAACGCUAAGAGGGCAGAAGGUCAAUUAGGAAAUACUGAAAAAGAGCUUCAGUGCUGCAAAGAMAACGUAGCUAAGUUGGAAACAGAGUUGACAGCAUCAAGGAGAAAAGCUGAAAGYUUAGAGGUUGAUUACAAAGCAUUGACAGACGAGCUUGAAGAGGUGAGAAGCAGUYUAAGGGAAGCUGAAGAACGCAAUGUCAACCUAGCCCUUGAGCAUGAUAUAAAAAGCAACGACCAUUCAUCGCAAGAGCAACAKAUAUUUGACCUGGGAAAUAGAGCAGAAUCUCUUGCAGACCAAAAUGARAAUCUUCUUCAACAGAAACAAGCUUUSGAAGAAGAUAUUAUCAAUACUAAAAAUCAAGUGUCGAAACUCGAAUCCACAAUCGCAACUCUAACAAAACAAAAAAGAGAAAUAAAAGACCAACUGGAUGCUUCAAAAGACAAAAUYAUUCAACUCAAAGAAGAGAACCGAACCACYGGAUGUCAGCUUCUUGAGCAACAAGGAAUUGCAGAGACACUCAAAAGAACAAUAGCAAAGAAAUCGAAACUGAUAGAAGAGCUAUACGAAAAGAUCGUAGAAAUGGAAAAGGAGUUAGAAGCAUUGAAGAAAGAAGAUAUGAUGCUUCAACUAUCUUGUGAGCAUCUAAAGAAAGAAAAGCUAGAGCAGGACAAUAAGAUAUUCGAGUAUCAGACUACUGUUGAAGACAUGAAACAGAGGUUAGACGAUUUAUCAGCAAGCAAUGCCAAAUUGGAAGAGGAAUCGUCCUUCCGGGAAAAGAAUCAAAAAGAAACAGCCAAUGAGAUGCGGACUCUUCARAAAGAUCGUAAUCAACUAAAGACUGAACUAGAUGACACAGUCGCAAAAUAUGUCAAAGAGAAAGAGGAUAAAGGCAGGACUGAAAAGCUUCUCGAAGAAUACAAGAAUAGCGCUCAAAAACUUACUAAGGAUAUCGAAAAACGAGAACAAAUCAUUGGAACUCUACGAGAGAGYAACAUAAGGUUUGAAGCUGAACUUACAACCCUAAAAAUUGAAAUCAAAGAAACAAAAGAAAGCUUCYAUUAUACUGAAAAGAAGAAUGAAGAACUUUUGGUGGAAAUAGCCGAUUCUAAAUUAUUCAUAUCCAAGAUGGAACAAAGUAUAACACAACUAGAAAAAGAGAGAAACACACUCAAUUCACAAUUAAGGGACAAGGAGACAAAAUGCAAUGACUUAGAGCAAACAUACAAGAAAUGUCAUGAAUCUGAGAAGUCGUUAAAGGAGGAGCUUCAAAGUUGCACUUUAAGACUAAAAGAGUUGRACUAYGAGAAUAAGUCAUUCACACAACAGCGAACUCAGUUCAAGAGGGACGUGAAWAUCUUCGAAAGAAAGAUURCAGAUUUAGAGGAACGGUAUGAGAAAUGUGAAGAUGAGAGGAAAUCCCUCAAGCAAGAGGUUCUUCGAACAAGCAAUACAAUACAAGAUCUAGAAAUGCAGCUGGAUUAUGAGGUUGCUCAGAAAAACAUUUUCGAGGCAGAGCUUAAAGAAGAGAGGCUGCAAUCGGACAGCUCAAAAGAAGAAGCCACUAAACUCGAACARAGGAUAUUGGAUCUUCGAGUCCAUCUUGAAGUAACUAACAAGGAACUUGAAGAUAARGAAGAGCAGCUAAAACACUUAAAAUCUCGAAAGCUUUUCUUGGAUGGCCAGCUAGAAUCUGUUAAAGAAAUGCUGACAUCCAGCAAAGAUGAGUGCGAGAGACUGGUGCAAGAGCAAGGCCUGUCUCAACGUGAGAAGCUUACACUGAACAAAAGAAUUUCAGACCUGGAGAAUAAACUGGAGAAAGAAUCAGCUACAAAGAAACGKCUUCUCGAUGAACAAAGGUCUAAUGAGCUUGACAUUCAGACACUCAAAGAUCAACUUACUGACAGUGAGUUAGAUAAACAAAGAACAAGUCAAACGCUUGAAGAGUACAAAUCAGCUUUGGAAGAGCUGAAAGMUGAGGUGUUGGCAUUGCGAAGAAACGUAGUCRAAUUUGAGGAAAAAUGCGAGGAGCUAAAAGAUCAAGUCAGWGAUCGUGAUUUAACCAUAAAUCAAUUACAAGAAUCCAAGAAGAUAUCAGACGAYGAAAUGGUAAAACUAAAAGWAAGUUUGAAACCAAAGGAAAGGGAACUUGAAGCCCUCAGAGAAAAGAAUGCAGAAAUCGAAGGCGCCCUAAGCGAGGCUUUGAGCAAGAUACGGUCACUUGAAAGCUCUCUGGGAAUAUGUGAACAGUCUGUUCAAAAUUACGAAGACCAAGUGAAAUCGCUGAAUAAUCGCAUGCUUAAUGCUGAGGAAAAACUUCGAGAAUCGCAGUCAAGCGAGGUGAACCUUCAACAACAGCAGCUAMUUUCUGAAUCAAGAGUUGCAGAACUGGAAUCUUCUUUGCAGCUACUCCAGGAAAGGAACGCUGAUAUUGAGAAAGAACUAGAAUCCAAACUGAUUGAAUUGGAUUAUGUUAGAAAGAAUCGCGAGGAUGAAGUUGGYGAACUUGAGGCAUUGCGAUUACAAUCGACUGAUGACAAAAGCAAGGUGUUCAAGCUUGAAUCAUUGGCCAAUAARCUGGAAAAUGACAACAAAGCCAUGGAGAGCCAGYUAAACGAAAUUACCACCAAAAUGACCGACGGCGGYUUGGAGGUGGAAAACUGGAAGCGCAAGGCCACUGAGUUGGAAAUUCAAAACGGAUCAAASAUAAAAGAUCUCAAGACCAAACAGGAAAUGGUCCAAGUACUUUCUGAGGAAAAUAGCUCUCUUGAAAACACUGUCCAGGAUUUAUUAAGUCAGCUUGCGACUGUAGAAGGAAAAAGCAGUUCUCUGCAGAAGGCUAACGAAGUAAUGGAAAAAGAUCUAUUCGAUUCAAUGAAGAAAUGUACAGACUUGGAAUUGAGAUAUGAAAGUCGUGUUCUCAAGCAGGAUAUUAUGGCUUGUAGAGAAAGAGUCGUCGAAAUUAAAGCGAGUUACCAACAGUCCCAAAACGAUAUWUAUARCCUACGUGAAAAAUUAGCUUCAUCAGAAAAUCAGGUUUCACAUUUGCAAACCCGAAAUGAUGUUCUUGGUAAAGACAAGGAUAAAUUGAAGAAGUCGUUAGAAACUUUAUCAAAAGAAAAAGACGARYUAAGAGCUGCGUAUGAAGCUKCAAACAAGGAAAAGACUAGAUUGGAGUUUGAAAACAASUCAAAACAACAGCGACUGGCUGAGUUASAGAACGACUUUGGAAAGCUAGAAGAGGCAAACMAWAAUUCCACAGAGACACUGUCAUCAAAUAAAARCGAGAUCACAGCGUURCAGAACCGUUGCGAUGACCUUCAAAGGGAGGGUAACAAUAAACACAAUGAAAAUGAACAAUUAAGGAAAGARUACGGAAAACUGGAACAGGAACACAAAGAAUGCUUUAAAAWKAAAAAUUGSAUGCAGACAGAAAUGAGAGGACUACAGCGAAAACUCGCAAGUUUAGAGCAAAGCUUAUCKAGCUCAAAUGAACGUGUGAAGACCCAGCAAAAUGACUUACUUGAAUCAAGUAAGACAGUGUCCAGUUUGAAACAAGAGCUCGGUGCAUUAAAGAAUAAAGCAAUUCGACUUGAAGCAUUMAGAGAAACAGACAAAUCCAAAAUCAUGCGACUUUCGGAGGAUUUGGAGAAAGCAGACCAGAAAAUCCUUGAUCUCGAACAAACAWUAAGAAAUUUAGAGGAAAUUCAGCCUCGCCUUCAAAAGGAAUUACUGGAUGAAACCAAAAAGGCAACAGAGUUUGAAGUGGCRCUCAACGCGACUCAACAUCUUAAGGCACAACAGCAACAAGAUCUUAUUAAUUCAAAAAGCAAAUGCAUAUCCUUGGAAGGUGAAUUACAAAACGCUUUGGCAKCCAAAGACGMUUUGGAGAAAAGCUUAGAAGAAACGACCAAACGACUAGAAGAAUCAAAGUUUGAAAGCAUUCAAAGGCWGAGAGAGAUGGCAACAAACAAACACGAUCUCGAUACCUAUACUAUGGAAAGUAAAGAAAAACAACUGAUUAUCGACUCUCUAGAAGUGGAAAAAUCAAUGCUUGAAAAUGACCUCAAAGAUACACGUAAUUCACUCACUGCGAAUAAAAUAGAGUUAGAAGAAGCAAAGAGGACUACAGAGCAGCUCAAGUCCGAUCUGAGUGACACGAAACAACAAUUAAGUGAUCUAGAGUUAAAAAGCAGCGCACAAAAACAAGAAAAUGAGCGUCUAAAUAACGAAAAUUUAGCACUCGAGACGAGCUUCAAAGAAGCGAAGUUCAUGUGYGAUACGAUUGAAAAAGAAAAGGRCACACUGAAYACAMGUCUCCUUGAAGCAACAAGUUCAGAAGAUURCACAAAGGAGCUGGACUCAGCAUGGAAGGAAAACGAUGGCCUCAAGACUGAUUUAACAGCGUURAMCAAWGAAAMUGAAAAUCUGAAGUUAUCAAAUGACCAACUCACUAAAGACAAGGAUCAAUUGGAAGAUCAGAUAGCUGCGUUGUUUAAUGAGCUAGAGGAUUUACAAAACAAGAAUCAAGAUCUUGACACUGAAAACACAAAAAUKAACUACGAUCUUGGUGAAGCAACAGAACGACUACAAAGCUUUGAAAGAACAAACGCGGAAAUUAAUGCUGAAACAAGCCGUUGUCGUGAAAUAGAAAGUGACUUACUAUCCAAAUGCGCAGAGCUAGAGGCAGAGAAUGAAUUGAAAGAAACCAAACUAAAUAACACAAUGAAAGACUUAUCGUUUUCACAAGACAAGGUAAAGUUUCUGGACACCACGUUGGCAAGAAGCAAAGAACGGCAGGCAGAGCUGGAAAGUGAAAACUUAAAGAUCCAUAAAAAAGCAUCCACACUGGAAUAUGAUCUGAAAUCCACAAAUGAGCUUCUCGAUGAUAUUCGAUCUGAUCUUGCCCACUCGGAAAAUCAAAACCAGAUCACUUCUACUGAGCUGCGCAACGCAGAAAGAAAAAUACACGACUUGGAGACAAGGUUACAAGACUCUCUCGAUAAAAUCAAAGAACUACAGAUAGCACGGAACGAUAAUAUUGACAGCCCUUUGCAAGAUGCUUURCUUGGAAGUCAGGUAGAAGAAAAGGUGUACCCCAAUGAGGCUGCAACAUUGAAAUUCAAGAUUUCAAGCCUCGAGUAUGAGCUGGAAGCAUCCAGAAAAGAAAAGGAAAGUCUAUMUUCACAUUUGGAAGACGCACAGACUUCUAAAGAUGCUGAUCGAGACAGUGUCAACUCAACCAGACGUAAAUGUCAAGAGCUUGAAAUACAGUGCGACCAGAUUAAGAAGGAGGUAGCAGAAAAGACAGGAAUUAUAGUAGACUUGAGGAGAGAAAACGCUUUGCUUUUCAAUGAGAAUGAUACCUUGAGGACUGAAAAUUCCAAUAAAGCCAUGGUAAACAAAGAUACCUUGAAAGAAAAUGAGGAGAUAAGAAAAACCGCUGACGACUUUGCAUCCAAGAUAAAAGACCUAGAGAAACAGUUAAUGGAAUGUCAAGAUGAAAAUGAGAGAAUACGAAAUGACAAGAUUGUAGCGCACAAUGUAUUGUGCAAACUUAAGGAUGACAAAAACAGUGUCGAAGACAGGAAUGGUAUCUUAGAAAAAGAGGUGCAGRCUUUACAAAGGAGAUGCUCUGAUGUGGAACUCCAGAUGCAAAACUUAAGMCGACAAAACGAUAUCUUAAACAGGGAAUCUAAAAACAACACAGAGCUUAUGAAGUUAAAGAGGGACUUGGAAAAAGCAGAAGGUCGUUUAUCGACCAGCGAGGAGGAGAGAAGGAAGUUCCAGGGAGAGCUUGCAGAAUMKCGMAACARGGAAUCUGACCUGCUAUUCAAAAUACAAACAAAGGAAAGAGAGCUAGACAGUGUACGCCAUGAACUGCUUAUCUUAAACAGGGAAYCCAAAAGCGACACUGAGAUUAUGAAUUUGAAGAAGGACUUGGAAAAAGCAGAAGGAGCAUUAACAAAUAGCGAGAACGAAAGAAGAAAGCUCCAGAGAGAGCUUGCCGAAGGCCGAAAUAAGGAAUCCGACUUGUUAUUCAGAAUACAAACAGCGGAAAGAGAGCUAGACAGCACACGCUAUGAAUUGCAAAGGACGGAAAGAGAUCUAGAAAGCGGACGUUAUGAGAGAGAAAKRAAUGAUCGAGUUGAAGUCAAUCGCUUACUGAAAGAGAAAUCAGAGCUAAACGAAGAACUUCUGCUUGCAAAAGGUGAAAUAGAGUUUUUUAAGUCAAAGAUCGAGGACGUUGAAGAAGAAAACAAUCUUUGGGAAGAUGAACGGGAAAAGCUGUCAGAUGAGGUAAAAGAAGCUAAGUUCGAGCAAAGAAGAUUGCAAGAUGAACUCGAAAGUUGUAACGACCGCAUGAAUUCCAUGCUAAAGGACAAADUAAUGAUACUAGAAAGACUGGAAAAUGAAAAACGCAGACUUACUGAAGAACUUGAACGGAUAAAGAACAACAAAGCACACGAGAGCCAGGAAGCCUCCAGCUUAAAGGCAGAACUAGCAAAGCUGAAUAAAUCUAACAACCAGUUAAGUGAAGAUAACUACAAAAUAACUCAAGAGAAAGAUAACCUUGACUUUGAGAUGUCCCUUUUAAAGAACAAGUAUUCCAGUCUUGAUAAGGAGCACUCACGAUGCAAACUCGACUUACAAGAUUACAGAUCMCAAAUMCAAAAUGCAGAACAACUGAUUACAUCUCUUAAGGUUGAGAAGGAACAAUAUGAGAUUGAGUUCAAAACUGUCCAGGAAAAACUUACAACAACGGAAUACGAGCUUAAGAAAAUUUCCAUAGAAAUAGAAGAAAKUUCCCACGAAAAGAGCUCAAGCAGAUCUGAAGUCAUGAAACUMCAGAAGGAAUUACAGCUUGCUCUAAUUCAAGUCGACGAUGCAAUCCAAAACAUCCGUAAUAAGGAAAACACCAUUCAGAGAUGCGAGAAAGAAAUUACCGAACAGCGAGCUCGAUACUAUUCUAGUAAGUCAGAACUCCAAGAUAAAACUUCAACAAUACGUACACUUGAGUUGAAGAUUACAAAUCUGGAGAAAGAAAUAGAAGUGUUGAAAAGUGACUUGGUUUUGAGUCACAAGGCUUACCAAGAUCUCAASGACAAUCASGAGACUGAGAUUUCUCCUAGAGCAGUUUCGUAUCUUACUGUCGAUGUGCAGCCWCGUGAACGACAAACUACUACGCUUGACAUCGAUGUCCAACAGAACGAGACUAGUGCUUUGGCAAUUGAUGUGCAAGSUCAUGACAAACAGUCACGUGAGACCAGCGUACUCGAGGUGGAUGUACAGCCACGUGAUAGUAAUGUAGUAGAAAUAGAUGUUCAACCACGCGAAUAUGAAGCAGUAGCAAAAGCAAGCUCUGACGAGAUUUACGUCMAAGCUUACGAAUUUGACUCUGAAACCGACAAUUAUCAAUUACAAUCACCCAAAAGCAAACCACGUGACAGCGACAUGACUACCCGAAGUCUUGAAGUUUAUGAUCAGCAUAGCUAUGAAACACGUGGCAGUGAUGUACACCCACGUGAUAAUAGCAGGGUAGGAGUAGAUGUACAACAACACGAAUAUGAAGCAGUAGCAAGCUCUGACGAGAUUUAUGUCAAAGCUUACGAAUUUGACUCUGAAAUUGACAAUGAUCAAUGGCAAUCACAAAAGAACAGACCACGUGACGGCGAUACRACUACACGAAGUCUUGAMKUUUAUGAASAACGUACCGUAACACGUGAUAACGACGUAACACGUGAUUAUGCACAAACAACGUGGCUCACUGGGUCRAGCCCACGUGAUAAUGAACCAACACGKGAUCCYCUUCCAAGGACCACAACGAGAGAAGCAACUCCGCGUGACAACAGCUACUUAUUGCAAGAUAUCAAAUCACGUGAUUAUAGGACAACAAUGAUUAAAACGGAUGCAAGCCCACGUACUARRAGUUACAUGYCAMGUGAUAGCAAUGUCCCAUACGGAUAUGGAACAACGACAACGGUUAUUAGCGAUGACAGCCCACGUGAUAGCAUCUCUUCAUCACGUGACAAUAGAACAUCAAUUGAGAUAAGUCCGCGUGCCCGACACGUGACUACAGCACCCAAGGUGUUGGACUUCUCGUCUGAACCAUAUGAAUCUGAUGUCACAACCAAUAGAGCAAUMCCUUACCGACCGUCACCCGAACACCGUCCAUACGGUAGUCGCGCCUCUCGAUCGGAGUCCCGUGGAUUUGGAGGUGGAAUCUACAGUCAAGGCUCAGUCAGCAAGAAGGAGUUUGUGUUAGAACCAGUUGAGACGACUACUAUUGAAAUUGAUGUAGAUAACAGGCAAGAUGCAUCGAAAAUGAAAGACUUAGGUUCAGAAACAGUCGAGACAACCACUUUGGAGAUUGAUAUCRAUAACAAACGAGGUUCUCCUCGCCGUUCAGCGAUUCCAGUUCGUAGUGUACAGACGUAUGGAUCUCUCCCAGUGACAAUUGAGGGCGAUGUCUCUGGUGAAGCUGAAGUUAGAGAGUUAYCCACGUCCCAAAGACGAAGGUGGAAGUAUUAGCUCAGCUGGUUAAUUCACAAGGGAUACUAAGUUUUAUUAAUUGGACACCAUACUAUUAACGGAUGUCCAGCAAAACCGCAACAAACGAUACAAUUACAGGAGACCUUCCCAAAAACGUUUUAUUAUGGCCAAUCGUUUUUCAGUCCACUGUCAAUUCAAAAUGAAUUACUUCGACAUACAUUUAAUAGUAUGCUGGAUUAAUUUGAACAAAUUCCAACAUAUGUAAUACAUAUACAUUAUACUAUUAUACUUUUAAUAGAUUGAACGCCCAAAAUCCGUGAAAUAGUUCUAAAUUCGCACYAAUUCCGCAACAUUAACGAAAAAUCAUUUUUKAAUGAUUGUUAUUUAUUGACACCAUUUUGUGUGAUGUGAAAAAACAAGUGAAAUAGAUAAUACACUACCACGAUCUAUUUGCACUGUUUUCUUUUGUAUCUGUUUGAUUAUCAGAAUAUGAUAAUCAAAUUUCGUUUCACGGCUUUAACAACCUCACUCUUCUAUAGCGCAAACACACAUACACAGUACCAACAAGUUAUUCAUUAUUUUAAUGACACAUUUGCUUAAACUAAGCUUUAUGAUUAUAGAUUGUAAAUUAAAUUUUGAUUYUUAGAUACAUUUUAUUUGAGCAAGACGAUAUUGAAAUUAUUUAUUGCAAAAAAGUUUAGCUAUACUGCGUGAUAUCUGUGAAUAAGUGAUUUUAACGAYUUAUUAGUGAUUAUUUUAUAAAACUGAAUUAAGUUUAAUGUAGAUACGUAUUUAUAAWAUAAAUAAUGCAGAUUUUGAAUUGUUUUAAAUAAAUAAAGCCU